AUGAGCGGCAUUAACUCGUUUAGUGCCGGGUAUGACAAUGUAAACGAAGCUACUGCAGAGAGGAGCUCAUGGCGAAGAAGAACCAGGAAGAGGGUCGCCAUUAUCACAUUCUCAUCCGUCCUUCUCGCCAUUAUCGUCGUUGCUGCCGUCGUCGGCACGAAGGCUUCCAGGAGCAAGAAGGAUGAUGAACCCGUAGCAGCGGCCACGCCUACCAGCGUCGUCAAGAUGACAUGCUCGGUGGUACCUUACACGGACACGUGUGUCCAGAGCUUCAGCAACCUCACCGACCCAGAUCACGCGACGCCGGAGCAGCUCUUCACCCUCACGCUGCAGAUCGCCAUGAACGACCUGGUGGGGAUAGCCGGCAUCCCUGGGCAACUCGCAGCAAGGGUGAACGACACCAAGUUGAAGCAAGCCUUGACAAACUGCCAGACCUUCAUAGAUGACUCCAUUUACUAUGUUAACUCCUCCAUCUCCGCUGUUAACGCAAUUCACGGAGGGAAACUGAAUGAAUCCAAAGUGGAGGAUCUCAGGACUUUGCUCAGUGCGGUGUUGACCAACUUCGACACUUGCUUAGAUGGAUUAGAAAACACCACCGGCGGGUUCAGAGAGGUAAUACAGAAGGCUAUAACCAACUCAACCAAGUUGACCAGCAACAGCCUCGCCAUCGUAACAAAGGUCCUCGGCCUGCUGAGCAAGUACGAUAUUGGCGGUGGUCUGCACCGUCGGCUCCUCUACACCACCGCCGUCGAAGUACUCGACGAUGGUUUCCCGCCAGCCAAGAAACCAAAAAAGACCACAAAGGAGCCUGAAAAGAAACCAACAAAGCCGAGCACGCCACCACCACCACCACCAACAAAGCCGAGCACGCCACCACCACCACCAACAACCACAAAGCCAACAGAGCCAGGCAUCAAGGCGGACGUGGUGGUGGCGAAAGACGGGUCUGGGGACGUUAAAACGGUGGCUGCCGCCAUUGCCAAAGCGAAGGACGUGAGCACUGGUAGCAGGUUUAUCAUCUACGUUAAGAAAGGUGUCUAUGCCGAAACUGUCACUGUUGACAAGAAGUUACCGAACAUCAUGCUUGUUGGAGACGGAAUGGACGCCACCACAAUCACCGGCAGUCUGAACAGCGUGGACGGCGUGCAAACCUACAAUUCCGCGACCUUUGCUGUGGAAGGACCAGGAUUCAUAGCUAAAGACAUUGGUUUCGCAAACACCGCCGGAGCAGCCAAACACCAGGCAGUCGCACUUCGCGUGAACGGCGACAAGGCCGUGUUCUACCGGUGCAAGUUCGACGGAUUCCAAGACACGCUCUACGUCUACACCAUGCGUCAAUUCUUCAGCCAGUGCACAAUUUUGGGAACCAUCGAUUUCAUCUUCGGAAACUCAGCUGCCGUCUUCCAGAGCUGCGCCAUCGUGGUGAAACAGCCGAUGGCCGGCCAAUCGAACACAGUCACAGCUCAAGGAAAAACCGAUCCGAACCAGAACACUGGCAUAUCCAUUCACAUGUCCGCCAUUAAUCCGGCUUCCAGCCAAGUCACAGCAAAAACUUAUUUGGGGAGGCCAUGGAAGGACUAUGCUACGACGGUUAUCAUGAAAACCAACAUCGGUAAGGUGGUGGAUCCCGCCGGUUGGUUGCCGUGGACAGGAAACACGGCUCCUGACACGAUCUUCUACGCCGAGUAUCAGAACACUGGAAGCGGAUCCUCCACGAGCGGAAGAGUGAAAUGGAAGGGGUACAACCCAUCUCUCCCGGCUUCUACGGCCGCAAAAUACGCUCCCGGUCAGUUCAUCAGUGGCGACGAAUGGAUUUCAGGUUCUGGAGCUCAAUAUCAGUCCGGUCUCUGA